AUGAGCCGGGGCGCGCGCUGCGUGCCGCAGCUGCUGCGGCUGCCGCUGCUGCUGUCGCUGCUGCUGUCGCUGUCCCUGCUGCUGGUCACUGCUGCACCGGCGUCCGCCGACACUGCUGGGCAGACGCAAGUGGCGGGCAACGCGCUCGGCGCCUACGAGGAGACGUGCCAGCCCGGGAAGGUGUUCCGGCGGGCGUGCAACUACUGCGUGUGCCCCGGCAGCGGCCUACGCAGCCGCGCCACCUGCACCACCAGACUCUGCCACAUGCCGACGCCCGCCGCCGCCGCCGCCGCGCACCGCCGCUUCAGGAGGGCUCGCGGCAACGCGGAGCGCUGCGCCCCCAACAUCCGCUUCAUGGACGACUGCAACCUCUGCAUCUGCUCCGCCGACGGCAUCAAGGCCCACUCGUCGUGCACGUUCGCCCAGUGCCCCGGCAAGCCACUACAAGACUACACUGUCUACUAGCAUUCUUCUGUGAUGACUGUGAAUUAAAUUACAUUCUGCUAUAAACGUAUUGCUGUAAAGAGAAAGUCUGUAAAUUCUGAAAUCAUACUCUUGGACAUAAAAUAACUGCAAUUUUUACUACUAAGUUUUAAGAUACAAUAAGUUAUUGUACUAUCACAAAAAAAUAGAAAAAGUUAUAUUUUAUUGUUUGUGGUGUAUCCUUGUAAAGUUAUAUUAUAUAUAAAUAUAAUAUAUAAAAUGU